CCUAAGCGAACCUGAUUUGAGACGCCUCGGCGUAUACGAACUUGCCAUCUACCAUCAUCUUAAUUUAUUUCAAGGAUUGUUUAUUUUCCAUCAAUUGUUAGUUCUACUGAGUGAAUUUCAAGAUGGCUAGUAAUCCAGUGCCUAAAAAUGUCGUUACUGUGAACCAAAAGCUUGUGCUUUUAGGUGAUUCCGCUGUUGGAAAAAGUAGUCUCGUUCUUCGUUUCGUAAAAGAUCAAUUCGAUGAUUACAGAGAAAGCACUAUUGGAGCUGCCUUCUUAACUCAAACUGUUCCCAUAGACGACAGUACAUCUGUAAAGCUUGAGAUUUGGGAUACUGCUGGUCAGGAACGCUAUAAAUCCUUAGCCCCUAUGUAUUAUCGCAAUGCUAAUUGUGCAAUCGUGGUCUAUGAUAUUACUCAAGCUUCUUCUUUGGAAAAAGCAAAAUCAUGGAUUAAAGAAUUACAGCGCCAAGCUCCAGAGGGAAUUAUUAUCGCAUUAGCCGGAAACAAGCUAGAUCUUGCUCACGAGCGUAGAGCUGUUGAGAAAUCAGAUGCUGAAGCCUAUGCUGCUGAAGCCAAUUUGUUGUUCUUUGAGACUUCCGCCAAAACUGCUGAAAAUGUAAACGAGCUAUUUACAACAAUUUCUAAAAAGUUACCUCUUGAAGACAAGCUUAAUCAGGCAAGAGGAAACGCUCCUCGAGGUGUGAAUCUUUCAGAAUCUUGGCCAAAUCCACCAUCUGGCGGCACAUGCGCAUGCUAGGAUGAACGAAAUUACUAAUAUAUGCGAUUUUUAUGUCAAAACUUAUUUGUUCCUAAAUUUAUAUUUCGAUGUUUGAUAUGAAUUUGCUCCUAUGAUCACACAUUCACUCCUACCCUACCGGCUUCUAUACCAUGAAGCUAUUUGCUAUUAGUUAUCUUAUUUGUGAUUGUGGUAACAAAAUAUGUAUUUCUUUUUAUCAAUGCAACUUUAAUGUACAUAGCAAUGAAUAUUACAUGUCUGACGGAAACCAGUUUAUACCGGUACCAUUGGGAACGAGCAUCCUCGCUCUAUCAGGAGUGUAUUAACCCUCCUUUUUACUUUGAAUCUUGAUGUUUCCUUUUUCUUUUCGAUGUUUAGCUAUCCUAAUCCAGUCUUUAUAAAAUGUAAGGAAGGCAUUCUCCGAAUCCGUUUUCUCUAGCGAAGUUUGAGCAGACGGUUGACUUCGUCGCUUUUUAACUCUUCUCAAGCGCUCAUUUUCUUUUACGUAGUCUUCAUAAAUUGUUGUAAGCUCAUUUUGAAUACCAAGAUCAAAGUUGUAAUCUGAUAUCGGUCGUCGCAGAUAUCGUAGCUCAUGCUGCGACAUGUCUAAACUUUUCUCAAAAUUAAGCGGCGUAUUUGUAAUGAUAGAAUUUUCAGCUUCUUUUGAAAAUUUCGGAUUAAUAUUCCGAGUUUCAUGGCUUCUCUCAGUCUUUUGAUUAUAUAAAGAUGGAAAUAUCUCAAGCUCCUCUACUUCUGCUAGGUCGUCUUCCGAGUCUUCUUGAGCAUCAAACAACUCUAUAGUAUCUGGCGGCUUCGAUUUACUUUCACCGUCAGAGAUAUGACCGUCAGGAAUUUCAACAAAUCUUUGGAUUGGAGUUCCUUGUUGGUCUUGGAUAUGUCCUGACCUCUCACGUUGUGUUUCAACUGAUGAAACUAUUCGAGAAAAAUCUAUUUCUGGUUGUGAAAUAGAAGUCGUUGUAUCAUUAGGUUUUUUUUGUUGAUCAAUUUUUCUUAUUAGUUCGUUUUCACUUAGAACAGAAGCAGAAACAGGUUCUACUUCGGCUAGCCUUUCAAGAUCUUGCUGGUCCAGAUGUGUCAAUAGGGGGAUAUUUGUAUUGAGAUUCGGAGAAGAUGACCAAGAGUAGAAUUCUACCCCCUCUUCUUCUUUAAUUUGGGUAUUGUCGGGAGAGUUUUCUUCAAUUUGUUUGGUAACGCAGACAUCAAUAUUAGUAUUCGCUAAAAGUAGUUAGCGGCUUUCAGUUUCAUAAAUUGUUAUUAAUACAUAUAACUUGCAUACCGUUUUCAGUA